UAGAAGGUUCAGUUAUCAUUUGGAAAGUAGAUUGAAUUUUGCUGUCUGAUACCCACGGGCAGCUCGCAGGGACAUUGGUGACUCAGUUGCCUUUGACGUCAGUGAAGGUUUGGAUGUCUGAAACCAAACUUUGGCUUAUUGAUUAUGGACCCACAAUUUUCCCAUAAGGCUUUGUUGUUGUUUUCACCCCAAAGGGCAGCAUAAAGCAGGCAGAAUGGUCUUGAUGUGGAAAUGUUCAAAUCUAUCGAAGAGCCAUUCAAAAACACAAGUGAUGUGUGUACUGCGUUACGUGCUGCAAACUGGAAUCUCAGUAACGAAGAAGACUCAUACAUGGCAGGCAUGGUACAGAGCGCUUCCUUGCACAGCCUUGCCCCUGAGCGCGUCCCUGGCCUGGAGGGACCCACUCUAGAGGUGCUCAAAUUGAAAUUAUUCCAUGCAAGAUCUGUGGAGACAAAUCGUCAGGAAUCCAUUAUGGUGUCAUUACGUGUGAAGGCUGCAAGGAGGAGUCAGCAAAGCAACGCCACCUAUUCCUGUCCUCGGCAGAAGAACUGUUUGAUUGACCGGACCAGUCGGAACCGCUGCCAGCACUGUCGAUUGCAGAAGUGCCUUGCCGUGGGGAUGUCUCGAGAUGCUGUAAAAUUUGGUCGAAUGUCGAAAAAGCAGAGAGACAGCUUGUACGCAGAAGUGCAGAAACACCGGAUGCAGCAGCAACAGCGAGACCACCAACAGCAGCCUGGAGAGGCCGAGCCGCUGACGCCGACCUACAACAUCUCGGCCAACGGGCUGACGGAACUUCACGAUGACCUCAGCAACUACAUCGACGGGCACACCCCUGAGGGGAGCAAGGCAGACUCUGCAGUCAGCAGCUUCUACCUGGACAUACAGCCUUCCCCAGACCAAUCAGGCCUGGAUAUCAAUGGAAUCAAACCAGAACCAAUAUGUGACUACACACCAGCAUCAGGCUUCUUUCCCUACUGUUCCUUCACCAAUGGAGAGACUUCCCCAACCGUGUCGAUGGCAGAAUUAGAACACCUUGCACAGAAUAUAUCUAAGUCACACCUGGAGACCUGCCAAUACCUGAGAGAAGAGCUCCAGCAGAUAACAUGGCAGACCUUCCUCCAGGAGGAGAUCGAAAACUAUCAAACCAAGCAGCGGGAGGUGAUGUGGCAGUUAUGUGCCAUCAAGAUUACAGAAGCAAUACAGUACGUGGUGGAGUUUGCCAAACGCAUCGAUGGCUUUAUGGAACUGUGUCAGAACGAUCAAAUCGUGCUUCUCAAAGCAGGCUCUCUGGAAGUGGUGUUCAUCAGAAUGUGCCGUGCCUUCGACUCCCAGAACAACACCGUGUACUUUGAUGGGAAGUAUGCCAGCCCGGAUGUCUUCAAAUCCUUAGGUUGUGAAGACUUUAUUAGCUUUGUGUUUGAAUUUGGAAAGAGUUUAUGUUCUAUGCACCUGACUGAAGAUGAAAUCGCAUUAUUUUCUGCAUUUGUGCUGAUGUCAGCAGAUCGCUCGUGGCUGCAGGAAAAGGUAAAAAUUGAAAAGCUGCAACAGAAAAUUCAGCUAGCACUUCAACACGUCCUACAGAAGAAUCACCGAGAGGACGGAAUACUAACAAAGUUAAUAUGCAAGGUGUCUACGUUAAGAGCCUUAUGUGGACGACAUACAGAAAAGCUAAUGGCGUUUAAAGCAAUAUACCCAGACAUUGUGCGACUUCAUUUUCCUCCAUUAUACAAGGAGUUGUUCACUUCAGAAUUUGAGCCAGCGAUGCAAAUUGAUGGGUAAAUGUAUGACCCAAGCACUUCUAGAAUGUCCGAAGUACAAACAUGAAAAACGAACAAACAAAAAUUAACCAAGACACUUGAUAUGGCCCUGCAGAGACCUGGCGCGCCAACACACUGCACAUCUCUUGGUGAUCGGUGUCAGGCAAAGGAGGGGGAACAAUGAAAACGAAUAAAAGUUGAACUUGUUUUUCUCAUGCAUAUGAUUUCCAUUAUGCCUACAGAUAUGGACCCUUUUUCUGUCUCAACUUCUUGAUCGUUGACCUCUGUUCACACAGAAGGAGGGUACUAAAGUCGGAGGAUUUCCUUUCCUGGUAGCUCACUGCUCACAAACUCUCUCCAGCAUCAUCAACCCAUCAGUAACAACAGAGAGUCCAGCAAUAAUCGGUGGCUGGUGUGCAUAGCGGAGGUUGCAGCAUUACUUUGCACAACUUGCUCUUUGUUUCAUGAAGGAAGAUUUUUUUUGUUUGUUUUUUGUUUUGUUUUGUUUUUUUCACCGAUUAUUGCCAGUCGGCAGGACGGCGUGAAAGGGGUCCAUAGCACUAGCCACAAUAGCAUUAUAAUAUAUUACAGGGUAAAUGGGCAUGAAGACCUAUAUAUAGCUAAAAGAGAUAUUGUUUAUAUAUUGUUUUAAUUAAUAUAAAAUGUAGUUACUGGUGUAGCUUUUCCUGUUGAACUGAUAAGGCACUUUCAUUUUGCACCUUUUUCUUUAAAUUAAAUACUAGCGUGUUCACUGCCGUGUCGCAUGGGCACUGGAAACACACGUGUAACUGAGAAGGCUCGGAAGGUACGUCGGGAGGUGUUUAUGCUGCUGUUUACAGAAUUUCUUCUAAAAGACUGGCUGGUCAUAUCUAGAAAUCACGACGUUAAAUAUUUUCUCUUUUUUUAACACAUGAAUUUGGAAUUAGACACGGAACGCUCCCUAAAUUAUACUUUGCUUCCUGGUAAGUUUCAGGGUAGAUGUGUUUAUGCUUCAUACAAAGUUGAAUGUUCAAUGGGUGUUGUGGAUUUAUGGUAUCAUGCACUUUUUAAAAAAAAAUUAAGUAAAAAAGCUUUUUUAAAUGCCACCCUGUGGAGGCGGGGGAGGGAAGGCUUAUUUGACACAAUUCAGUCUUUAAAUGGAGUCAGUCUCAACUUAGAAUCGUUAUGCUUUGAGAACAAAUCGAUAACGAGAAUAUUGAUUGAAAUCUAGAUUUUAUUUUAAGAAGGACCCAAAGAUUCUAUCUGGAGCAAACGCCCACUGCACUUACGAGGACCUGAAGCAUGUACUUCGUGAAUGUUUGUGUUUUGGAAACCUUAAGAGUUUAUCCCAGAGUGAACUGAUUGAAGAGUCACUGUCCCCCAAGAUUACAGUUCUGGAAUAUUGCUCUCGGUCUUGUGUAGACAACGGCUUGGAGAGUGAGGGAGGCGUACCAUGUUGAACCAGUGUCUCUUAUUUAAGUAGUAAAUAUUUUCAGCCUUUAAAGUGAAGUCAAUGCUAGCUGCAAACAUUUACUCUCGUAUUUAUCUUCACUAGAAAACUGUGGAUUGUAAUUUAUUUUAUUAAAUAUUUAGAAGAUUGGCUUUUGUGUGCAGGUGAGACACAGUGAUUUGUUUUAGUUUAGUUUUGUUUAGUUUUGAAUAAUCCCCAGUGGGGUGGGGAGAGGAACAGUCUACUAUACAAGUGUGCAUGUUUGGAAAACAGGGGGACCUUUUGGGAACCUAGGCAUUUUGAUCAUGAUAUUAGUCACACGUGUGGGAUUCACGCUUCUGGUCUGACAUCCACGGCCAUGUGUGUACAUGUUUGUAAAGAAAGAAAACAUCUUCCCAUGGCAUGAAGGUAGGAGUUUCCGAGCAGCCCUUUACAGCCCGGAAACUGUCUCCUCUGCCAACUUAGAUCCUUCCUGAAUUUUCCCAGGAAUUCGGCUCCUGAUGCCAUGUGGAUCACCAGCUUGGGUUUCCCAGGACCCUUCACUGUUUUUAACUCUACUGACUUGUUUCAAGAGGGACUUGGACAAGAGGAAGGGAUUAUUUACACAGAAGUAUGUAUGAAGCCUAAAUAACAUCUAAAAUUUUUUCCCCAAAAAUAUAGCAAGAGUUUAACCAUAAAUAGAAGAUGAGAGUAAUAUUUACUUAAAUUCCUUACAGACAUAUAAAACUUUAUGUGUUUAUAUAGAGAGGUUAAGUGUCAGCAUAUAGUAUUUAUAUUGGGGCAAGAAGGGUUAAGUCAAAUUUUUUAAAUUUAAGCAUAGUUCCUUUAAAGAUCAAUAGUAUUUAUACUCUAAAAAGAAUACCAAGCUUAGUUAUUUAUUUGUCCAUUUUAUUCUCUCCUUGGUCCUUUGGGGGAAAAGGGAGUUUGGCUUGGGUGGAGGGGGGAGUUGUUUGGUUUGGUUUUUGGUCAUUCCAAUUCACUAAAAUUGGGGAUGGUGUUAUGAAAGUACAUUAACUUCUUUUUAACCAAAGCUUUCUGAAUAUGACCAGCCUCAGGUGCUAGCGCAUUAAAGAGCAACUAAACCUAAUUUCAGUGUCCGUGUGAGAUGAUAAGAGCUAAUUGAACUUCUCCAAGGGUGAGAGAGAACUUAAUGUUGAACUUAAACUCCUUUUCCAGAUAGGAUUUUGCAUGUACCUAAUGCAAAAAAAAAAAAAAGAUGCUCCAAUCUCAGUAAUGGUCACUUCCUGUGACCUUAUUUUUAUGGUAAACGAGAUAUAGUAAUGUGAUGCUGCUGCUUGGUCUUUCUGAGAGGAGAGCAGGGCAUAGCAUCCAAGAGCAGGGGAUACCGACUGUUUAGGGACCGAAUAGAGAGACGGGCUCAGUGAGAUGAGGGAAGAGCUAUUACCUGGAUCUAAGUUGGGAUCUGAAGUUAAACAAUAAAUUUAGUCGAAAAGGAAAAAAAUAGAGCCCUGAAAAGAAUGUGAAGACCUCGCCUUUUUUCUUCCCUAGUAUAGAAACACCUGUGUGAUAACACAAACUAGUUGGUGGUACCAGAACAGUUAUUCUUAGUAGUAUUUACAACUAAAGUUUCCUAAACGCAAAUGUCCAAUAGUCUUUUAAGGAUUGGAGCCAUGUCAUUGUCAUUUUGGCUGCUAUAAUGCAUUUUAUACAAUUUUUUUACAUAGGGUAAAUAAGGCUUUGGUAGAAAGCCUGAUACCUUCUGUUACAAUGGUGUCCAAAGGUAGUACUGCAUUGUGGAAAAACUGGCCUUGAUCACAGUGAAGACAAAAGUGCAGAUGAAAGUGCUGUUUUGGACAGUUUGUAAAUUGCAUUAAAGCUAUGGAUUUUUUUGUUUAAGUGUUCGGCAUCCUAAUUUACGUUAAAGCUAUGGAUUUGUUUUAAGUCUUCGGCAUUCUAGUUCACCCUUCCUAAUUCAAGGAAAACGUGACUUAUGACACUGCUUCUAAGUUUGGUUGUUCUUUAUGGUGUGGAUAGUCAGAUCUCUGUGAGCGUGUGGGCCGGGGUGGUGGGGUCAGGUGAGGAGCGAGCGUGUGUGUGUGUGUGUGGUGUGUGUGUGUGUGUACAUAUGACGUGCACGCGUCAGACUGCUUCUAGGCUACGAAGUGUCAGUGGAAAAGAAAAUGUAUUCAAAAUACUUAAAUCAAAACUAGAAGAUGGGGGAAAAAAAGAUUUAUUCUAUACAAAGCCUUGUCUGGACCACUUUAGAGAGACUUCUAUUUUUUUAACCCUUCUAUAAAUAUUUGAUGGCACUUGAAAUAUUCCUGCAAUAAAAUGUGAUUUGUGUAAAGAAAAAAAAAAAGAUUUUGUAAUGUGAAACAAUGAAAGAAAGUAAUGUAAUUUUCUAAAAAAAAAAAUACAAACAAAACAAACUUUGUAUUAUUUUCUUGAUGGAAUUUGUCUAUCUGUCUUUGGAAAACUUUUUAUUUCAUUGAAUGUGCCAUAGUAGAAAUAUGUGUUUUUAGUUGUAGACUAAGGAAUAGAUGUUUGUGUUCCGACAUUCCAAAAUGCAAAGCAACCUAGUAGACUCUUUAGCGGAAAGGUCGAAGCAGUCCGUGAGCUUCUCUUGUUGCUUUUUUGCACACGUUCUUCAUUCCUCUCUAGUGCAAUAUGUACAUAGAGCACUCGCGGGUGUACCUUGAUCCCUCAGGGAAAAAAAUACAUAUUUGUACAGUUUUUUUGUUUUUGUUUUGUUUUUUGCCUUUUUGUUUUUGGCUAAGGAAUGUCGACUGAAUCACUUGUUAUUGUUGAGGGGCAGCCAGAUAAUAAUCCUAAAGCCACUGUUUCCAACAGCGAUGGUUGAAAUCAUCUGUCCUUCCAGUGCUAUUAUUUUAAGGUAAUAAUAAUAAAAAGUUAUUUUCUGACAGUUCUUUGUGCUGAUUGGUGGAAAAAAAAAGGGUAAAUAAGCACCUUAUGAUUUGACUUACUGUGAAUGACAAUCCAUCUUGACAUCAACAAUAGCGGCCCUAUCAUUUUGGAGUAGGGGUUAAGAGUCAGAAACAAUGUGCUCAGGGAUCUUCUAAAACUCUUAAAACAGGGUGGCCAGUACUACUGGGGCAAAUUGUGUUUUUCUUGUUAAUAAGAAUGAUAAUAAUACUAUCCCUCCAAGGCACAAGUGAACUGUGUAGACCUGCAUGUGUGUAUGUGUGUAAACUCUUCGCUGUGCCUCAUUUUGUUGAGUUCAAAACUUAAUGUACUAUUUGGUCUUGUGUACUUAAAAACACUGGAAAACUUCCAAAGCAGUACAGUUACACCAGUGUGCUCAAAAGAGACGUUCGUAUAUAAUGUACUGACAAGGAACAUCAUUCAAAGUGCAGUCCUGCAUGCUCCAUUUACCAUUCUCUAAUAACUAAAAUAUUCAUGUGGAAUAUAUUUAUAGCAUUAUACAUCAAAAGCUAUUUCAAAUUCUACGUACUAUGGAUAAGAAGCUUUUAAAAACCAGUGACCAGAUGAGAGACCUCCCUAUGAGUGCAGUGAGAGAUGUAAAAGAUGAAACAAGUUUAAAAAAAAAAAAAAAAGCCAGCAAAUACUAUUGUUUUCAUUGUAUCCUCUUGUAGAAACAAGCCAAAAUACCCCAUUAUGUAAAACAAUUCUUCUACUUCCACAUUUGUAGUUCAUAUCUGUUAAAUUAAUACAAGCGCUGGUGUUGAAGAACAAAACUAAGCCUGCCUACACAGCAAUGACUGGAGUCAGCUUUUAGGGUGACAAUUUACGUUUUUGAGAUACAGUCCUGUUCUCGUAUUCCCAUAUAUUACUUUCCAUAAUGUCAGUCAACCUCAAUGUAAUGGUUGGCUUUGAUUCUUCCACAUCUGAAAUACAUAUUCAGAAGAAGUGUUACAUAUUUUCUUACUACUGUAGGAGAGGCAUAGUUUGGGAAAACUCUGUGUCUUACAGAUCAAAAAGGUACCUUCACCUUGUUGUUUUUUAUAAUAAUAUAUAGAAAAUGGCAGGUAUAUAUAUACAUACAUACACAUAUAUGCAGGUUAUUGAGGCUUUUACAUGUUAUAUCAUGUCACUUCUUGUAAAAAUAUGAUACAAUAGAACAACUUUAUACUGUGUUAUACUAUGGAUCAAAUUAUGUGCCCAGAAAUGCACUUGUAACAGUAGUAAAUCUUGAUCUGUUACUAUGGUCCCCAACACAGGUCUUCAUCUGAACCCCAAACACUAGUAUUAUAAAGAAGUUCUACUGGCUUUGAGGAAAGAAACUUUCUAUUGUCUGUUUUUAAAGAGGUGAAAAGGCUGACUAGCAGUGUCUCUGCAAAGCAAUUGGUUUCACUUCCGGGUCUGUCUGUUCCUUUGUGUUUGUUUCGUAUGUUUAGAACGUUUAGAACAUCGGUUCUGUCAGGCUCUCAGAAUGAUUUUAAAAGUAACCCAGAAGCCUGGCUUCAUCCCAAGCAACCAUCCUCGAUGGGGGAUCUCCGUGUUAACCAGACCCUCAGAACUUAGAGCAAUAAAUACAUUCAGUCAUUUACUUAUAAACGAAUGACGGAAUCUUCAAAUAGAAACCACCCUUCUCCAGCGAUGCAACAUAACAUGGAGGCUUGUACUGAGAAAGUGAAUAUGAGUAUUUUACAGAGAUGCCUAGGGCAUCUGUGUGUGCUGUUUACAUUGAGUGUGCUUUGGCACUCUAGCAGACCCCAUUUCCUUUUCUUCUAAGAACUAAAGAAAGAUAGCUUGCCAUUAGCUUUGACAUACUGCACAUGGCCAUCACAUUGUUCUCUUCAGUGUGUGUGGUUCCUUUCUCACUCAUUCUUACUUUGAUGUGAAUGAUACUAUUCCUAGGAACAUGAUUACCAUUGAACAGAUCGCAUGUGUGAAUGCAGACAGUUCUUGAGCAAUAUCGUGAAUAUGAGUUCACAAAAAAAUUCGUAUGUACUGUACACAUCUUCCUGAAUCCAAAUGUCUCUUCUUAUCCAUAAUGGUUUGAAAUCUCACAUAAAACAGUGGUAACUUUUUAAACAUUAGGACAUUAGCUGGCUGCUUCUUUAAAUGUUCCUGUAGUGUCUGCCUGCUCCUUUUGUGGAGACCUGUUUUUGUAUUGGAUGUUUGGGCCAAUGGGAGGCUUCAAGCUACAACAUAUUUUCCCAAUUUAAAUAUAUUUAACAUACGACAAACCCCAGACAAGGCUUUUAAUAUGUAUAAAGAACUGCAGUGUUAGGUGGUUUAUUUGCAAACCGUUUUCAAUGUUGUCCAUUUUUAUGGCACCUUUAACAAUAUUCUUGUUUCCAAAGUACAAAGAAAAAAAAAAUAGGUAAAUAAUCUAGCCAUAACUGAAUGUCAAGCAAUAAAACAAACGACUUUUGUGCAUAGAUUUAAAAAAAAAUACAAAUUUUAGACAUCUGCAUGUAAAUGCAAUCUCUUGUUUACUGCUUUCUUCAACUUGAGCAAUUGAUUCCUUAUUUACUGUUAACUUAAGAACUUGUAAUGGCCUGUAAACAUUUUCUCUCUUACUCUUCUUUCAAAUUUACCUUUGUCCCGGCUUUUGAGUCAUACUAUUUAAUGUCGUUCUGCACACCUCUAUACAGUUAACUUUUUGGCUUUCAUUCUGUAUAGAUAAGAAAAUGUUAUAUUAAACAGCCUACUCAGUGCAAAUAUUUAUCUGUUUAAUCAAAUACCACAAUAUGCUGUAUAAUACCGGUUUUACUAUAUAAUCUAUUUUAGACAUAGCUGUUUAGAACUAGAGCGUGCUAUUUUUGUGUUUUUCUGAUGUGUGGUGCUAGAUAAGUUACUUUUGUGAACAACAACAAAAAAUCCCUUUUAUUCCUAGACAAUACCACCUUUGGGUCUUGUUAAUUUCACUGAGUAUAACUAUAUAUUUGUAUAUAUAUAUACAUAUAAAUAUAUAUAUAUAUACCUACCUGUGCCCAACUAGCAGCUGUAUCAGAGUGCUGGAUUUGGGACAUGCUUUCCUCUUUAAGUACGUAAUAUCAUUAUAUAAAUUAUUCUACAGUGUAUUUAAUUAGGAUAAAAUUACUUCCUUAGUAUUGAUAUUUGACAUCUAGAGGGUGAAUUUGUUUAUAAAUAUGGAUAUAUGAAAACUUAUUAUCGGUUACUUUAUGUUUGCUACUUGGCUUCAUGCCAUAUCUCCUGAGCUGAAAAAUAAUUUGCCAGGCCUUCAAGAUGCUAAAGAAACACUCUAGUUGAAUGGAGUUAAUACUUUUUUUUUUCCUUACUAAGGAAUAAUAUUAUUGGCACCUGACAGAAUUGUGUGCUUCGCUCCUAUUGUGGCUAGUGGGCAUUUGUAUCAAAUAUCUUUGGUGGCUUGAUGCCGGAACCAACCUUUACCUUCCCACCUAAGUCAUGAGAAUUACAGAGACAUCCAUUGACUAUCAAGCAAAUUCAACCAGAGAUGUCCUGCUUUAAUAUGACCUCAACCGGUUCCAUGAACUGAGUGAAGGACUUUUAUUUGAAAAGUCAUUUAACUGUGACCUUAAUUGAACUCUUUAAUCUAUUCUCCCAAGACCUAUUGGCAUUCUUAAAAAUCCAAGUAUAUCAAAUAUCUAACUAAGGAUGUAGUUAACCUUAUUAAAUAUUGAUUAGAAUUGUUCCGUAAUAUUACUGAAUUUGUAAGAUCUUUAGCAAAGAUUUUUGAGCAAUUUAUAAAUUUAGAGCAAAUGUUUCUGUUUACUGCACUUUUUGUAAUUGAAGGUGAUAAAUUCCCAAGCCAUGAUUGUUGGCUUCCAUGCCCUGGGUAUUUACCCACGAUUCUAGACAUUUUCCAUUUUUAUGGAAGGGUUAUUGGUACCUUAAGGAUAAACUCAAUCAUGUGUGGUUCAGAAGACCUAAUGCUAACAGUUAACCUUCUUAGGUGAAUUGGCUAAAGUUUAGGGAGAAAUCUCUUUGAAUACAAAUCACGUCAUUCCUUACGGCUUUGCUUAGAAAGGGGUUGAAACCUUUAAAAAAAAAAAAAAAACUUCAUUUA